CUUGUUGCUGACGGACACUUUCAGCCGCUGCACCCGGAAGUGUACAUGUGCGACAUUGAAGAGCAGUGAUGUACAGGAGAGCUUUUAUUUCUCUUAUUCAGAGCAGAACGGCUCUAAAUCACACACACAAACCUGCACGCUGCACAGACACAGGGCGCGCUUCCGCACUGAGGGCUCCCUAUCUAGUGAACCACAGGGUGUUUGGAACGAGUGCAGCACGUCUGUGUGACCCGAAGAAAGAUGGAGAGACGACUGAACUGCGGCCGGAGUCUAGGACAAGGGAUGGUGUCGAGAAAAAGUGCGAGGUGAACAGUGAUGAGUCCUUCAUGGAGGCAGCGUGUGAAGAAGCAGCAGAUGAAAGCGACACCAGGUCUGUGGUCAGAAGUCAGAACUCAGAGACAGAGCAGAAGUUGGAGGACAAGACCGGAAAACAGGGUCUCCUGGAGCUGCUUGGGGCCAUGAAGGUGGACACGACGACCAAAACCAAGCUGAAAUCCCUCAAGAAGGUGACCAGUGGAAAGGAAAGUGCACCCAAGCCGAAGAGAGUGAUGAUGGAGAGCACGAGCAGCAUGUUUCAGCAAGCUACAUCACCACCACAGAGUGAGUCACUGAGUCCUGAGCUGGUUGCUGCUGUCUCUGCUGCUGCAUCCACGUUUCCCGACCGCUCUCGAGCUGAAUCAGAGCUCCUGAAGCAGCUGCGCAAACACGAAGCCGUGUGUGAGGAGAAGAGCCGAGAGGAGGCUCAGAACAUUGGGAACAUCAUCUCUGAGAUGAAAGUGGGGAAGAAGCCAGUUGGCAGAUUGAACAGCUGGCCAGCCAAUCAGAUUCGGUUUGAUGAUGAUGGGCGGGGCUACACACAUGACCGUGGCAUCACAGGAGAGCUGGCAGAAAUUCGCAGGAGGAAUUCAGCUUUUACUGCAAAGAGGCUGAAUAUCUUCAGUGCUGCGGAUCAGGACACACAGAGUGAACUGACUCAAGGCCCCUCCCUCUGGGACGCUGAUUUAGCCAACCAAAUCGCCCGGGCGGUGAAUCAGAGACCUCGUAAUGGGUUUGAGGAGAUGAUCCAGUGGACACAGGAGGGAAGACUGUGGCAGUUUCCCAUCAACAACGAAGCAGGAAUGGAGGAGGAAAUGAAGGUGCCAUUUUAUGAGCACGUUUUCCUGCAGCGCCACCUGGAGGACGGCUUUCCUCAGCACGGCCCCGUCAGACACUUUAUGGAACUGGUGAUCACUGGACUUUCCAAGAACCACCAUCUCACCGUCAGUCAGAAACAGGAGCACAUCGCCUGGUUCCGAGACUACUUCCUGAAUAAACAGGAAGUCCUCAGCGAGGCCGAGGCGUGACCCACCCAGACUGGGACUAAAACCAGUCAGAGACAUUUACAGCCUCCAGCUGUGAUCACAUCUCCAUGUGCAGCAUCAUCAUGCUAAUCUGGAGUCUUCUGUUCCUCUGUUAACCUCAGAGCUUCUGCAUGAAUCCACAGCAGGACACAUGGAGAUGGUGGACAGUUUGUGCACCUGAACAGUCCCUUUAAUGUGUGCGUGUGAGAGAAUCACUGAAGGUGUUUAAUACGAGCUCUAACACACACUCAGGUCGUUUUAAACUCAUGGAUAAAGGGAAGGUUGUAAUUGUGGUGUUUAAUGAUGGAGCUGCUUCACCCACACGGACUCCACAUCCUGCUGUACUUUAUAAACAUUAAAGGCUUCAUAUGACAA